AUGAGUGCUAAGUUUGCUGGCAUAAUACUAGAUAAGGAUUAUUCUAUUAUCAGAAGCAAAUGGGGUGGGGCUCUAGGAUCGCUUUCAAAAAUGCAGAUAAAUUAUGCCGCAGCAGAUGCGGAAGCUUCAUUUGACGUCUGCCUUGGUAUACUUGUACAGGCUGGCCUUGUCUCGGCGAACACCUCAUCACCUUCAUCGAUUUCAAGUACCUCGUGUCUUCCCCUAUUGGAACGCCUUGUUAUAACGACUUAA